GUUGACGGUGAAAACGCUCGUGCGCUGUCUGUCCUUGGCUGUCACCGACGCACGUGAGCUUCGAGCUUCUCACCGGGACGUUAAACCGGAGCCCCGUUAAACUAACCGGCUGCAUUCAAAGAGACCGGCUGAUUUACUGACAACACACCGGCUGAUUCUAACGGGACUAACGGUAGCAUGUCCGGUACCGGGAGGUCUCUGCUGGCCCUUCUGCAGCGGUGUGUCGCAGUUACACAGCUAACGUUACCGGCGGCCGUCGUCAAAACAACACGGAGCGGCUUCACUCAGAACCGGACCUGGACCACGGCGGCCCGGACAGUCUAUCUGCCGAGGCUCGGUGAGCUGCAGCCCGCCGUGAGCUGCAGCCAGCGCCGCUUCUGUACCAAGACAGGAUCGUCUUGUGAGGAUGAAUACCCUCCACUGCCGGCCUACCAGCCUGAAUCAAAACAGACACAGACCAAAGAGGUUUACAUUGUCCAGGUGAAAGGUCUCCCGUGGUCAUGCACCACUCUGGACCUCCUUCACUUCUUUGGAGAGUGUAGGAUCCGUGAGGGUGAGAGGGGGAUUCAUCUGUCUGUGGACCGGCUGGGGAGGCCGACGGGUCAGGCCUUCAUCGAGAUGGAGCACGAGGAGGACGUCAGCAAAGCUCUGGAGAAGCACCGGCAGUACCUCGGUCCACGAUAUGUUGAAGUGUCUGAGGUGACGAACAGUGAUGCUGAAGCCAUCCUGAAGAAAACCGUCCAGCCUCCAUCAGAUGGGGUUGUGAUGCUCCGAGGGAUUCCCUUCACCUGCACAGAGAACGACAUUGUUCACUUCUUUUCGGGUAAACUGACAUGUUUGGAUAUUGUGCAGAACGGCAUCACCAUCGUCACAGAUUCCAAAGGAAGAAAGUCUGGGGAGGCUUUUGUGCAGUUUACCUCUCAGGAAGCAGCAGACGAAGCUCUGCAGAGAGACAGAGACCUCAUAGGAAGCAGAUACAUCGAGGUGUUUCCCAGCACGAGUGAAGAUAUUCAGUCUACUUUGAGGAGGAGGACGAGCCCUCCUCAGACUCAGACCAUCUCUCAGUCAGCAAACAGGAGGGUUACCUCUCAGGCCAACUCCAGAAGUGUUUCCCCUCAGAGCUCCACCGUGCCGCUGCAUUACAUCCACAUGAGAGGACUUCCUUUCCAGGUUUCUGGAGAAGAUAUCGCGAAGUUCUUCUAUCCUCUAGUCGUGUCUAAGAUCCUGAUUGAAUGUGGUCCUAAUGGGAGGCCGAGCGGGGAAGCUGAUGUUUACUUUAGUUGCCAUAGAGACGCCUUGGCGGCCAUGUCCAGAGACAGAAUGAACAUAGGCCACAGAUACAUCGAGUUAUUCCUGAACUCUGUACCAGACUGUGAUGGAAGGUGAAGAACACCAGAAAUGCACAUCUGUGAAUGUGGACAUACUGAUGCCAAACACACAUACAGGAGAAUCAUAUUUAACUUCCAGCCUGACAUCAAACAAUAAACAUUCCUGGUGUCGAUGAAACAAACAAA